AUGCUGCGCACGCGGACCCCGGAGGACGACAGCACGGUCUUGAUAGACAUGGCCCGGGGGGCGGCGAAGCGGGGCUCUUACGGGAGCACAGCCGGCGCCUUGCAGCCGGAUGGAGACCAGGCGGCCGCCUGCAGUGGGGUGAGCCCUGCCAAGCCCCGGAUCGACUUCGUCCUUGUUUGGGAGGAAGACCUGAGGCUGGAUCAGCAGCAGGACAGCACCACCCGGGACAAGACCCGCACACACAGGGCCUGGCGGGAGACCUUCCUGGAUAACCUUCGAGCAGCUGGGCUGCACGUGGACCAGCGCCACGUCCGCGGCGAGCGCAGCGCCGUGCACUACGUCCUCCUCAGCGCCCCCUGGCCUGUGCUCUGCUACUACGCCGAAGACCUGCGCCUGAGGCUGCCCCUGCAGGAGUUGCCCAGCCAGGCCAGCAACUGGUCGGCCAACCUGCUGGAGUGGCUGGGUGUCCCCAACACCCUGCUGCAGGACGUGCCUGACGCGCCACCUGAGUAUUACUCCUGCCAGUUCAAAGCGAGCAAGCUGUCCAGGUUCCUCGGGAGCGACAACCAGGACACCUUCUUCACCUGCACCCAAAGGCACCAGAUUCUGUUCGAGGUCCUGGCCAAGACCCCCUACGGCCACGAGAAGAGAGGCCUCUUUGGGAUUGAACAGCUGCUGUCACAGGGGGUCUUCAGGGCAGCCUUUCCCCUGCACGAGGGCCCCUAUACAUUGCCCCCAGAGGGCACGCAGACCCUCAACCAGCGGCAGAUCCUGUUCUGGCACUGGGCCCGCUGGCGCACGUGGCACAAGUACCAGCCCCUGGACCACGUGCGCAGGUACUUCGGGGAGAAGGUGGCCCUCUACUUCGCCUGGCUCGGGUUCUACACAGGCUGGCUCCUGCCCGCGGCCGUGGUGGGCGCCCUGGUGUUCCUGGUGGGCUGCUUCCUGGUGUCCUCGGACACACCCACGCAGGAGCUGUGCGGCAGCGCCGACGGCUUCGAGAUGUGCCCGCUCUGCCCAGACUGCCCCUUCUGGCCGCUCUCCAGCGUGUGCCCCCUGGUCCAGGCCGGCCGGCUGUUCGACCACGGAGGCACGGUCUUCUUCAGCGUGUUCAUGGCGCUGUGGGCCGUGCUGCUGCUGGAGUACUGGAAGCGGAAGGGCGCCACGCUGGCCUACCGCUGGGGCUGCUCUGACUACGAGGGCAUCGAGGAGAGGCCGCGGCCCCAGUUUGCCGUCAUGGCUCCCGCGACAGCCCUGAACCCCAUCACGGGCGUGGAGGAGCCCUACUUCCCCAAGGGCAGCUACGUGCGCCGCGUGCUGGCCGGGUCCGUGCUGGUGCUGAUGAUGGUGGCCGUGGUGGUUGUGUGCCUGGUGUCCCUCAUCCUGUACCGCGCCGUCACAGCCAUGCUGGUGUCCAAGGCGGACCACACCCUCCUGGCGGCCUGGGCGAUGCGCAUCGCCAGCUUCACAGGCUCCGUGGUGAACCUGGUGUUCAUCCUCAUCCUCUCCAAGGCCUAUGUGUCCUUGGCCCACGUCCUGACAAGAUGGGAGAUGCACCGGACGCAGAGCAGGUUCGAGGACGCCUUCACCCUCAAGGUGUUUGUCUUCCAGUUCGUCAACUUCUACUCCUCGCCCAUCUACAUCGCCUUCUUCAAGGGCCGGUUUGUGGGGUACCCAGGCAGCUACCACACUUUGCUUGGGGUCCGCAACGAGGAGUGUGCGGCCGGGGGCUGCCUCAUCGAGCUGGCUCAGGAGCUCCUGGUCAUCAUGGUGGGCAAGCAAAUCAUCAACAACAUGCAGGAGAUUCUCAUCCCGAAGCUGCAGGGCUGGUGGCAGCAGUUCCGGCUUCACUCCAAGAGGAGGAAGGCGGGGGCUGCGGGGGCUUUCGCGGCAUCGGCCGCCAGCCGGCCGCCCUGGGAGGCGGACUACGAGCUCCUGCCCUACGAGGGCCUGUUCAACGAGUACCUCGAAAUGGUGCUGCAGUUUGGCUUCGUCACCAUCUUCGUGGCCGCCUGUCCGCUGGCGCCGCUCUUCGCGCUGCUCAACAACUGGGUGGAGAUCCGCCUGGACGCGCGCAAGUUCGUGUGCGAGCGCCGGCGCCCGGUGGCCGAGCGCGCGCAGGACAUCGGCAUCUGGUUCCCGAUCCUGGCGGGCAUCACGCACCUGGCCGUCACCAGCAACGCCCUGCUGCUGGCCUUCUCGUCCGACUUCCUGCCGCGCACCUACUACCGCUGGACCCGCGCCAGCGACCUGCGCGGCUUCGUCAACUUCACGCUGGCGCACGCCCCGCCCGCCUUCGCCGCGGCGCACAACCGCACGUGCAGGUAUCAGGCGUUUCGGGAAGACGACGGGCAGCACUCCCGCACCCACUGGAACCUCCUGGCCCUCCGCCUGGCCUUCGUCAUUGUGUUCGAGCACGUGGUGUUCGCCAUCGGCCGGUUCCUCGACCUCCUGGUGCCCGACAUCCCCGCGUCCGUGGAGGUCAAGGUGAAGCGGGAGUACUACUUGGCCAAGCAGGCGCUGGCCGAGAACGAGGUUCUCUUUGGGACCAAUAGAGCGAAGGACAGCCAGUGCCCAGCCUCACAGGAGGGCCCGGGCCCCCAGCCUACAUGGCCAGAAGCCAGCCGGGCCUCGCCGGUCCCUUCCCUCUGA